AUGUCCGAAAGAGACAUGCUGCUAGAUCUUGCGGAACCACUGCAAAAGCUCGUGACUGAGAAGUUCCGCACAGCCUACAGAGACAAAAGUAUACUGUUCUCAGAGACCACAGUCGCUUCGCUCCGGAGUCAAUGCGGAGCUCCAUUCCAGCUGCGGUAUUGUCCAGCACUGGCCAGAAAGCCCAAUGCAGAUGGACCAGAAAAGAAGGAGCCGGGCGCACCGAAAUUUGAUCCAUUUGCAGAUCCACCCGAGGAAUUGCUGGUAGCUAGUAUUCCAGCGAACAGGACAUCACAUAACCUGGUCUUGAACAAGUUUCCUGUCAUCCAAAACCACUUCAUCAUUGCCACUAAGGCGAACAAGCCUCAGACUGCUAUCCUUGAGGAGGAUGACAUCAGGAUAACUCACGCCUGUCUUCGCGCGUGGAGAAAUGAACAACAUGGUCCGACAGAAUCCCGACUCUUUUCCUUCUUCAACUCUGGCGAGCACAGUGGUGCCAGUCAGCCACACCGCCAUCUUCAAUUCCUUCCUGUGGAAGACAUGUCGAGUCUGGCAGCUCCCGGUUGGGAGCUCCUUCUUGACCGUAUGACGGUACGAGCCCACCCUGACGUACCUCUCUUCCGAGACCCUACGCUGCCGUUCCUGCAUUUCUCUACUCCGCUCGAAGACGACCUCUCAUCGACAAACUUGUACUCCAAAUACCUUUUGUUGUUGAAGUCGGCACUGUCGGCCGCACGGUUUCCAGACCAACCGCUUGAUCAAAAUGUGGAAGUAGAGAAAGAUGGACAGACUGUUCUCAGUUACAACCUAGCAAUGACCACCGAGAGAAUGGCUAUUUGCCCGAGGAGUAGGGAGGCGGUGGCAAUACCAGGGGCCGGUUCAGAAAGCUCCGUUGCUCUUAACGGCACAAUACUUGCGGGUACACUGAUGGUGAAAUAUGAAGUGGAAUGGGACACUCUCCGGCGGAACCCUUCACUGCUCGACGGCAUGCUUGCUUCCACCGGAUUCCCGCCAGCAUCAUGGGAACGUAGUAACAAUGGAACCAGAUCAUGA